AUGGCCCAAGCACCAGAACCAACGCCGGUGCAUUGCUAUACCAACCCGUCGUUCUGCCGUCAAUCGGAGUACAUACCGGAUGAUCACGCGAACAACGGCGGCCUACCGCCGCCGCCGCAGUUUCAGGGGAACGAUGAUCUGCCGCCGCCGCCGCCGCCGUUGCAGCUGCAGUAUUACGCGGGUCAGAGCAACCCGGCCUUCCAGGAGCCGCCGGAGACGGCGGUGGUGGACGAGUCGCGCGACCGCUAUUGUUACCUGGACGAUAACAGGCCCCUCAUGCACAGGAGGUACGCCAGUCUUCCGGUGGAGGAGCCUCGCGUGACCUAUAACCAGUCGUCGCGGUACGAGUACAUUCAGCGGGACGACGAGCGCGGCCAGUUAACGCGCAGGGGCUCCUCGAGGUAUGAGUUCAUUCCGCAGCAGCAGGUGCAACAACGUUCCGCGCCGCCGACCAAGCAAGACGAUCGAGGAGGGCCGCAGACCUGUCGCGCCGCUAAUGCCGGUAGAUACGCGCUUAUACCGGGUGAGCAGGACUAUCAGGACGAAGGCGCGCAAUGGAGCAACGUCAAGUCGGCGCCAAGGCACAUCAACACUCCGCAGGGCCGUUACAGCAGAGUUCCUCUGCAAGAUGAGAAUCCGCCAGCGCUGCCCGAGAGGAACGCGCAGGAGCUCUCGGCGUCGCCGAAGAACAACUUGGCCACGCAGAAGCUACACGAGAUACUGACUACACCCAGGAAACCGAGAUCCAGAUCUGAGGAGAGGACGCUCUCGCCGAGGAGACACCAGUCCUUCAACCGGACCAGCACGCCGCAGAGGAGAGCACUCACUCCCGGCAGUUCCCCGAAUGAUCGCACUUUCAGCCCAACGCGUUUGACUCCUCAAGGCACGCCGCAGAGCCGAAUGUUCUCGUCCACAGGACCUCAGACGUCGACGCCUAACAAGGAGCCAUCAGCCCGCAGAUGUCUUCCCCUGCUGGAAAAUCCGCCACGACAGCAGGAUGUCUGUCCAGCCAGCAAUUGCGGCCGUCUUCGUUACGUGGGAACCGCUCCGGUCGACCUGAUAAACAUGAGCCACAGCGAGCCGCCGCCUCGCUACGGUUACAUGGAUAGCGGUUUGGAAUCCAUGCCGAUGGUGUCCGGAUCGCCUAGAUAUCAGAUGGUGCCUGCCGACCAGAAGACCUACCAAAGCGUCGAGAGCGCGUUUAUGGCUCGUACGGCCGUCGUGCCACCGUUAUCACCCCCCAACAGCGACGCGAAUACGACCUUGGCGAGCGGCGCGGAAAAAGGCGACAGGAAGAACGCGCCGUUCCUGUUGGUACUAGUCGGCGUUUUAACUUGCGGCCUUGCUCUGUAUUUGUCCUGGUCGCAAGGAAGAAGAUACUACUUCGACAGCGCAGCCGGCUGCGGUGCUUGCUGCACCUUAGCUGGUGCGUGCAGGAGUCUGCGAAGGACCUGGACAGGACUCGGUUUAGCCGGACUAUCGGCGUUAAGCUGCGCAGGCCUUCUGCUGCUCGCCGUCAAGUCCCCGAAAGAUGGCACACCCCUUCACGACAUCACGGCAGGUGCUUUGUGCGGUGUAUCAGUCUUGGGCGCUGGUCUGGCCUUGUUGGCCCUUUUGUCGCCGAGGUGCAGCUUCGGGCGUCACCGACGAGUGCAUUCUUGGAUACCCCGAUUUUCCCCUUAG